AUGGGGUUGUCCAGGGAGCCACGCAGUCCUUCGGGCUUCAACAGCUGCGUUGCGACGAAUCUCGGUUGGCCCGCUUUGAGUGGACCACCAGCUUCGCGAGCUCAGAAGCGCAAACACGAGCCGCCAGACGCGUCGCAAGAUGUCGCCGACGCGUCAAUUGCCCGGGCUAGGCGCGCGAUGAGGCGCCAGCCCACCACUGCCCAGACUGCUCCCGCCGAAACGGAAUCCGGAGACACAGCGCGCUCCCACAAGCGACAUCGUUCGAACCAGACCGUGGACCCCGCCCUCGACGAUAGCAUAGUUGAUGCCACCAAGCCGAGGAAGAGGGGUAGGCCAUCCCGCGCCGCGCCUGUUGUGGAUGAUGAUGUAACCCCUGCUGCUGCUGCCGCUGCUGCGCCAAAGAGAAGAGGCAGGCCAUCAACGAAACCCACCACCGCUACCGAACCCGAACCGCGCCCCGAGCCUGACCCUCCCCCGCCGCACGCAAAAGAGCCGGACGAUGUGCCUCGCGGGGGCAAGCAACGGGGCAGGAAGAAGGCGUCGGCAGUGACUCGGGAGGAAGCGGAGGAAGCUGAUGUCUCCCAGGAGGCUGGAAAGGCCGGAGCCCCGUACAGGCGAUCCAAGAGGUCGUCCCAAACGUCGGGCGCCAACACCUCCGCCCCGGGACCAGAUAAUCCAGCCGAGUUAUUGUCCGCCGAAGCAGCAGGCGCCUCUAAGAGAAAGCGCGGCCGGCCCUCUCUCUCUAGCCUUGCUAUACAAGAGACCCAGAACCAGAGGCCCUCGUCCCCAGGACCACAACAAGGUCCAAAGAAGAAACGCGGGCGUCCAUCCUUGAUUGGACAGCAGGCUAGGGAACCGCCAGAAGCAGAAGUGGCAGAAGGAUCUCAGACAGCGGAUCCUGAUGCGGCGACCGCGCAGGACAGACAGCCCACUCGCAGACGCCAGCGUCGAUCAGAACCAGAGGCCGCAGGCAACCAAGAGCAGAGUCAAGGGGCGGCGGAGGCAGAUGCAGAGCCAGAAUCCACUGCCCGCCCCAGGAAAAAGCGGCCAUCAACACAGGCCGCAGAUGCGGCAGAAGAGGAGGCCGGCGGGCACCCAGGGCCAACAUUCGACUCCAAAUACCAGUACAUCCAGGAGUGCAUGCAGCUGGUGCCACGAUCGAAGAUCGCCGCCAAGUGGGGCCCGCUUGAUGCGGCUUCCAUCGACGCCGUGCGGGCCAUGUUGCUUGAUGCCCAGCGCCCCGUCCUAUACCACCUCCGCGACACCCAAAGACGCCAAGAGGCUGCCUCCUCUAUCCUCUCGGCGGUGUGCGGGAGGAUCCAGAGAAAACUGGGGAGGGGUUUGCCAUUCCCACCACCUGCGUUUGCCGCAGGAGGGGCUGGCCGCGGUGCAUCCGCGUCAGCAGGCCAGCUCAGGUCCGGCCAUGAGAUCGAGCUGGAUUACGAGCGGGCCGUGGACGCGGCCCAGGCGCUCGAGGAUCAGCUCAAUCCUUCCCUCCAUGCCGUGGAGCUGCUCAAGGCCGAGAUAGAGAAGGAGGAGCGCCUGCUGGAAAAUGACUACAAGGUCCUGCGGCAGCUAGAGACAAACGCACGAGACGAGGCGCGAGAAUGGAAGAAGAACCUAAGAACGUCUCACGUAUUGGCGCCAGACGUUCAAAGCCGCGAGCCUCCCACUAUUGGCCUGAUCUUGGCUGAGAGACAGUCAGGCGGGCUUUACAAGGAUCUGGACGACAAGGAGCUUCUUGGGCUCUCGCAACAGAUGAAUAACCACCUGGAUAGCAUGAGGGGGAACCUGCAGCAAAUCGGCCCUCUUCUACCAGCCAUCACGAAAAGCAAGGCGGCGCUCCACGAGGUGCUGCUGCGGCAUUUGGAUCCGGGCCAGUGUGAUGCUGUUCUACUCGGUUGA